CCCCAUGAGAGAGCAUUUAGAUUUUCGAUUUCUCUUUGAGAAUUAAUUUAUGAACCAUGAGUUUUGCGGAAUAUAAAGAACGGAUAUCUGAAGGGGAUACUGUUAUUCUGUUCCUUGGGCAUAACUCUAUGCAAACUCUGACAGUUACACCAGGAAAGGUACAUCAGACAAAAUAUGGUGCUCUUCCACACUCAGACAUGGUUGGAAGGAAGUUUGGAACAAAGAUGUUUUCACUGAACAAAAAGGGUUGGGUCUACCUUCUUCAUCCUACACCUGAACUAUGGACAAUAAACCUUCCUCACAGAACACAGAUUCUUUAUUCUACAGACAUCAGUAUGAUCAUUCUACGGUUGGCUCUUAAACCUGGAUCUGUUGUUGUUGAGUCUGGAACUGGAAGUGGUUCAAUGUCUCAUUGUUUAAUAAGGACAAUUGCUCCAUCUGGUCAUCUCCACACAUUUGAAUUCCAUUCAGAAAGAGCUGAAACAGCCAGGAAAGAAUUUGAGGAACACAAAAUUGGUCAUCUGGUAACUGUAAGAUGUCGUGAUAUUUGCAAGGAAGGAUUUGAACUUCAUCAAGUUGCAGAUGCAGUCUUUCUUGAUUUACCUGCUCCAUGGGAGGCAAUAAAACACUCCAAAGAAACCCUCAAAGCAGAGGGUGGAAAGAUUUGUUCUUUUUCUCCUUGCAUUGAACAAGUACAAAGAACCUGUGAAUCUUUAAGGGCAUGUGGAUUUAGAGACAUAGAGGUGAUGGAGUGUCUUUCCAGAACGUUCGAAGUAAGAACUGUCCCGUUACAAGUUCCUUUCUUCGGUCCCGAAAAUUCACAACCACCAGAUCCAACGCCGAGUGAUUUCUCAUCGCGGAAGAGAAAACUUGAAGAAGAAAGUGAAUCAUGUGACACGACUUAUUCAGCAUUGCAAGAAGGCCACGUAAAUAUGAAAUUGAUGGAAUCUUCACUGGUUGAAAACACUCCCAGUGAAGUGAAGACUCCCACGGAUAACGUUGAACAUAAAAGCGAAAUAUCGAACGGAAAAGCGGCGGAAAAAUCUGCGCCACACUUCACGGACACUGAUCCUGCUUCGGGACUUGUGCGGAAUGUUCGAGCAGUUAUGUCACAGAAAGCCAACAAAGCUAACAUUCUGACAGGCAGACCGCUGAAGGAGAUGACGGGACAUACGGGAUACUUGACAUUUGCUACGCUUUAUGCGCAUGUCACGAGUAGCAAUGGAAGAAGCGACGAAGAAAAAUGAUAAACAAGUCAAUACACAUGGCCGUGUUUGUAUUUUUCUUGUUUCUUUAACGUCAUAAUACAAUGAAGGCUUCCAACCAAAGCAUUUAUUAUUCUCUUUAUCUUGGACAAAUAUCAUUUCCAUGCAAAAUAAAUUGUGUUUACAA